GAGCGGCAGCACCAGCAGUAACCCAAGCGAGACAUUUUGGUUAUUGGCGUGCCCAGAAUACCGCCGUAAUAUGACAAGCAAGCUGACCCUCAUUUUUGACAACUAGCCAGCCAGUCUGAAUGAAACUACCAAAGAGAUGUUCAAUAUAACAGACGACCGGUGGUGUUCUCGACUUGGCGGCGUUCGCAGCGUGAGAAAAUAGAAAAGCCCCGGCGGCCGGCAUCCGCUAGGCCGCAAAGCUAGGAACUCGCUGAUCAAACGCGUCAUGACCAACAGCUUUCUUAGGGAUUCCUACCAAGCGCUAGAGCCGGUGUUUCUGGUUUCCUUAGACCUUGACAUCCUGUUUGGAAGCAGCCGUACCACAGACCCUUUUUUUCUUAUUUUUAUUUCUCGUUCCUAGGCUGCCAAUCUGCUAUUCCGGGAAACCCCCAAGUGUGGUCCAAAGGUCCAAAUGUAUCAGCCGGCACGCCAAAGCGUCGCCUCAGGGGUCCGCUCUUCCACCGCAAGAGCCACAAUGCACACGGGCAAAGCACACAGUGAGCGUCAUGGAGGGAAUGCGUGGUAGCAGAAACAAACUUUGGUCACUUUUGUCAUGCCCUUGUUACGCUUUUUGAGCUACAUACAGGUGCACCGUCCCUAGACCUGCCUGAGGCUGGUCAGCUCCGUCCUAAACACGGGAAAACAGGCCAUAUUCAAUUUGGCAAACCCUCUUUUGGGCCUAUUCAGAUUGUUUCUCCGUACGUGGAAUCCAUCCGAUGAGACAUCCUUGCUCUCCACCAGGCACACUCACACACCACCUGGGCCACCAGCUGGGCAGGCACGUCGACGACGCUAAGCACCGCGCAGUAUGACGAAGCCAGCCAGUGAGCCCACCCGCCCCCGUUAGGUAGGCCGCCCACUUGACGAGACAAGCCAGCGAGUGAGCAGCGCAGAGGUACCAAAAAUGGGCAGCGGUGGGAGGGUACGGUGGGAUGGAGGGGGAGACAAGAGUGAUGGAGGGAUACGUACCCCUGCAGCGACUCAGUGAUUCGAACUUCCCCAUGCAGCCCGCACGUUUGUAGGCUGCCUCGGACGCCCCCUGCAACAUACUAUUGCCGUGCCAAACGCCCUUAGUGUCCAAUGUCCACAGCGUUCUUUCGGCGGACCCACAGCUUUAGAUCCAUCUCAUGGGGUGUGUGGUGGUGUGUGAGUUUGAUCGUAGCGCUAGCCAUCCUUUCGGCCCCAUGCGCGGUACAGAACAUGCUUUUGCAUGGAUCCGGGCAAUACACUAAUACACGGGUCGAUAUAUCUCUGCGAGCCAGCCCAUCUCUCUCCUGCUUCCUCCCUCCACAUCCUAAUCAACACCACUCUCCCUUUCAACAAACACACGCAACGACUGGCUCGAUACCUUUCCUCAUAUAAUCUACAGACUCGCUCUCUAUCUCUCUCUCGCCUUUUUCUUUUCUCUUCACCAAUCAACUCGUCCUUACUCGACCACCUCAGCUCCGCCACACUAAAGAAGUACUCGAGAUACAACGAAAGCCUUUCACCUCAAACGUUUGCUCACAAAUAUCAACUGCAUACAACAACACACUCUUCACAUCACAAUGCAGGCCCCGUUUGGCAUGCUCAACGCCGGUUAUCCAGCACCGGCGUUCCAGCAGUCAUACUUUGACGACCUCUCCAUCCCUUCGUCCACACAAUACGCCAGCCGCAGACCAUCGAGAAGCUCCCAUGGACAACAAUCACGAGCAGGAUUCCCUAUGCGUAUUUCCAAGCCUAACAGUGCCAACAACAGCCCCAAGUCUGCCAUUAUGCAGUCAAGACGGCGAAGCUUCGUCCCCGAGGGACAAGCUGUCCGCAGACAGCAGCAGGUUCUCGACUACAUCAACACUCACUACAGCCCUGCUCAGGUCCGACCCGCCCGCCCUGUGAGCUGGCAUCCUGCCUCUCACAUGCAGCUCAUGCAACCUGCCUACCAGCAGUCAGCAUACCCUCUUUUCACUCCCAACAUGUUCGACUACCAGGACAUGUACAUGAUGGGUGGUCCUCAGUUCUCUCCAAUGAUUGAGUCCUAUUCCAACGACACCUCGCCCUCGUCUACCUUCUCGCCUCUUCCUCUCUUCCCCAACGACAACAUGAACUACGUGCCCUCUACUGGCAUGGAAGUUUCCCAAAAGGCCAACCCCCAGUAUGCCCUUCCUGACCAGAGCUACAAUGCCCUCGGCAACCAACCUUCUGGAGACUGGAACAACUUCAUCAUGACCGGCUUCAACAGCACUUCGCCACCAACGCCCGAGGCGUUCCCUCAGUCUCAGCAGCAGCAGCCUCACUUUGCCGCCGUCCCCGACGUGUCGGUUGUGCAGGAGCCUGCCGAGGAAGAGGAAGAAGGCGAGGUUCUUGUCGGCAUGGGCCUCUACGAUACCCCUGACAAGACUGACGAGGACACGCAGCUCAACAGCUACCACUCUACUGUGUCUUCUCUUCUUGGUUCUGGCUUCCGCCCUGCCGAACCUACCGGCAAGGGUCUCAAGCUCGAGGAGACCUGGGAGCCUCCCCAGUCCAGCGAAGAUGGCGAAGACGACGAGGAUGACGAGUGAGCGGGCCUCAUUCCAAAACACCCUUCUACUUCUUGGAUGUUUAUUUUUCACCAUAUUGUUUUUAUUUCCACUAGCAAAGACGGCGCUUCUCACUGCUACAAACUUUUCCUUUUUUUUAUCAUUGGGCAUACAUAUCAGCGAGCACAAGGUGUUUUUUUCUCUGGGUUUCUUGGGAUAGCAUUAGCAUAUACAUUUGGGCCCCGAACUUUCGAAAAGAAGAAAGCGGGAUACACUUUGGCGUACAGCGACUCAUAAAUUGAGUCUUUUACAUUUUGGGUACUUGAUAGCAUUUAGGUAGCAUAGAUAAAGGGUUACCCCUGGAUGAACAGAACAUUAGUUGCCUGGUUUCUACAUCAUUUUCUUUCUUCUCUGACUGCUUGAAUUUUCCGG